AUGGAGCUUGACCCAGCAGAAUGCGCCAACUGUGGGAUCAAGGCAACCAUGCGGUGCGCUAGAUGCCAUAUGGGAGCGCCAGAUUAUCGCUUUGGUGACUCCAUGGCGGUCGUCUACUGUGGUCGAGAGUGUCAAACGAAGCACUGGCCUGACCAUAAAUCUCAUUGCCACGCCAUGAAGAGACGAAGGAAACUACUUCGAGCAGCCAACAUACUUCAAGCAGCAUUUCUGACGUACCGUGAGAUUUUAUACGACAUAGACCUCACAAAAGUCGAAGCCAAAGACGGAACCCUCUGUCUUUAUCAAAAUCAAAGAUCCAUUACUGCUCCAGUCAAGCGAGGGCUCUUUCCGAACCAUCUAACCACGAAUAUCCAGCAUAAGGAAGCAGCUCUCGCUAUUAAUCAAUGUACGACGGCCACGGCGCUAUUGGGUCGUUUGACACAAAAGCUCCUUGCAGGAGUUUCGUCGACUAUCGAGGUAUUGGACAUUCGCAUCGGAAAGCCACUACUUCCACCCAAGUUAAUUCCCGGCCGUGACCUGAAGGACUGUCCUCACACAGUAAUCAAGGUGGAACUACUCUUCACAACGGAAUCAUGGAUCAUCGAUACAACAGGCUGUCAGUAUGGAUUCCGAGAGGUUCUCGUUCCAUUCGACAAGUACAUUGCAGACAAAGUGUGCCAAUUAUUAGGCGACCCUACGACAUACAAUUGGACCGAAACAAAAGACCUGGAUUAUUUCUCCACCCUACCUUCCAUGAACAGAUCGCGAGCGCAAAAGCAAGAUCGAGAGGUGGAACGAAAAGCUCGCUUACACUUUGCCGACUUUGUUGACAGAUGUGUAGACGCAGGUAUACUUGAUGGGUCUACCUCGGAGUUCAAAAAUAACCUUGCUAGUUUCGGGGAUAAGUUGAAGACACAUAUGUUGAGUUUUGCUAAUUAUUAA